AUGCUGGGGAAUAAUGUAAGACAGUCAAUCAAGUUUCGUGCGACACGUCGUCUGAAGUCCUCAUUCGCUGCAGCGUUGGCGGCAGCCAGUAGGCUUGUGACACCAAGGAUAAUGUUGAAAAAUCCUGUCUCCCUUGUGUCCAAUGAGAUGAAUACUUUGGCAAAAAAUAUUAUGGCAUUGAUUGGAUCCGGUCAUCCAACUUUGAACAGAGUCACAAGCUACUAUUUUGAGGCUGAAGGUAAGAAAGUUCGUCCGCUUUUGGUUCUUUUACUAUCAAGAGCCCUUGCUGAAAUACCGCUUGGGGAAAGAGACAACAUCAAAAUGGAUUUAGAAGAUGUCCCCGAAGAUCCAGUGUACUCUAAACCUCCUCAUUUGAUGCUCUUGGAAGAGCCAGCAAAAAACUUUUCACCGCUUCAUGUUCUACAUGGAAUCAAACCUCUUAACCCGCUAACGAAGGGACCAGAGCCACUACCUAGAGCGACUUUUGAUCAGGAGAGGGGCAUACUCCCUAAGCAAAGACGACUCGCAGAGAUUGUAGAAAUGAUUCACACUGCCUCUCUUCUUCAUGACGACGUUAUAGAUCACUCGGAUACGAGAAGGGGUAGACCUAGUGGAAAUAUUGCUUUUACAAAUAAAAUGACUGUUCUAGCAGGCGACUUCCUGUUAGGCAGAGCAACUGUUUCAAUCUCCAGAUUAAGAAACCCGGAAGUCGUCGAACUCAUGUCAAAUAGCAUAGCAAACUUAGUUGAGGGUGAAUUCAUGCAGUUGAAGAAUACAGCCGUCGAUACAGAUCUUUCAACAAUAGAACACGGUAAAAAGGAACUUCCUCUCGAUUCCGGAAAGCUCGAACUCAAGCUGCAUGAAUAUCAUGUACCUACAGGGGUUCAAUACAAUGUGUCUCAUGAAAAAAUUAUUGAAACAGCCUUUGAGUAUUAUCUGCAUAAGACAUACUUGAAAACUGCAGCCCUUAUCUCAAAGUCGAGUAGAUCUGCAGCGAUUUUGUCGGGAGCUAGGGAAACUGUAAUAGAACAGUGUUAUGAGUUUGGAAAGAAUCUGGGAAUUUGUUUUCAACUGGUCGAUGAUCUCCUGGAUUUCACCAUACCUGCAAAAGAACUUGGAAAGCCAGCCGGUGCUGAUCUAGAGUUGGGAAUCGCUACUGCUCCAGUACUAUUUGCUUGGGAGGCAGACCCUUCCUUGGGGCCCUUGAUUCAGCGUAACUUUUCUCAACCAGGUGACGUAGAGAGAAUUGCUAAUGCCGUUGCUACCUAUUCAGGAGUCGAAAAGACAAGACAAUUAGCCGUUGGCUAUAGAGACAGAGCAUUAGAGAACUUACGCAAUGCUUUACCAGAAUCGGAUGCACGUUCUGCUCUCGAGUUUUUAACCAAUAGUAUUUUGACCAGAAGAAAGUAA